AUGGUACACCAUAAAUCAUACUUAUUUUACCGCAAAAUUUUAUUAUUUUUUUUAGCAUUUUAUUAUCCUAUUGAAUGUACACCAUCUUCGUCUACAGCCGAACAGCACAGUAAAGAACAAAUUGAUCACGGUCCAUUUUUGGUCAACGACAUUGGUAGUCUGUAUCUAGAUGAAAGAUAUUCUGAUGUUGUUUUAAUUGUCGACAAAGAACGAUUGCAUGCCCAUCGUGUUGUGUUAGCCUCGCGCUGUGAAUAUUUUAGACCAUUAUUGUAUGGAAAUUAUAUAGAAUCUCAUAAAUCUGAAGUGAAUAUAAGUUUUGCAUCAGCAACGUCGUUUAAAAUACUACUUAAAUAUAUUUAUACCGGUCGGAUGAAUUUAAGUGUUCUAAAGAAUGAAGUUAUUUUGGAAAUAUUUAAUAUUUCGGAUUAUUUUUGUUUUCCCAAUUUAAAACCUCUACUGUCCAAGUAUUUGCUAAGUAAAAUAAAUGUACACAGUGCAUGCUCGAUGUUUUCUGUGGCAAGUCUAUAUAAACACGAAGAGCUCGAAGUCGAAGCACAGAACUUUAUCGACAAAAACGCUAUGAGUGUAUUGCAAUCUAGAGAUUUUCUCACUUUGUCGUCCGAUGAAAUACAACAAAUUCUAAAUCGAGACUCGUUACUUGCUAACGAAAUGGAUAUAUUCCGUGCGGUUUGCUGGUGGAUCAGAGAGAACCAAGGAGGUCUAGGUUAUGAUGCUAAAAUCAAAGUUUUAUCUGCCGUCAGAUAUCCGUUAAUGAGUGACGAAGAACUUAUGGAGGUUGAGAAAUCACAACUGGUUAGUUCGGAUACAAUUUUGGAUGCCAAAAAUUUAAGGAACAUGUGGCCACCAGAUAAGCUACAAUUUCGAGGACAGUUAAGACCAAACGUGAGUCUUACUUAUGAUUGUCAUGGUGUUACGGUUAUUCAAAACAUUCAGGGUUGUGAUAUGAUAAAAUUAAGACGUCCAUCAACCAUAAACUAUAUUAAAGUUAUGAUAUGGGAUGGAGUUUCUAGAAUUUUUAGUUUUUAUGUUGAAGUAUCGAUGAAUGAGCAAGAUUGGGUGCGUAUCGUAGAUCAUUCCCAUUUUUUUUGUCGUAAAAUUCAAUAUUUAUGGUUUCAUCCACGCAUAGUAUCGUAUAUUCGAAUACGUAGAACCCAUAGUACUGUUAAAAUGACUAGCAAAUAUUUUGAAGUCUCGUUUAACACAAAAAGAAGGCACUUGGUAGAAAUCGAAAACGGAUUAGUGGUUCCAAAGUAUAAUGUUGCUUCAUUAACUAUGUAUGCGGUUCUGACCACUGGAGUAAAUAAUUCAAGUACUCAUUUUUUAUUGGACGGUGACUAUAAUAUGUACGAUAGACAUCACGGAUAUACAUAUCAUGCGCUGGGAUCGGGUUGUAUAGUGGUUCAACUCGACCAACCUUAUAUGCUCAGUUCAAUGAGGAUGUUGCUGUGGGACUACGAUGAGCAACACUACAUGUACACUAUAGAAGCCUCUGUCAAUAAUAUAGUUUGGGAAAUGGUAGUAGACAAAUCAAAAGAGUUAACACAAUCCUGGCAGUUGUUGCAAUUUGAUCCCAGGCCAAUAGUGUUUAUUCGUAUUACUGGCGUUUACAGUUCAGAUGGCAAUGAUUUUCGUUGUGUAUAUUUGGAGGCUCCAGCUCAAGUACCAUUGGAUUCCAACGUCAUUGAAGACGAUCGCGUGAAGAACAACAACGAAACAGAUAUAACUAUGGCAGGGGCGUCGAAAGAAGCUUCAGUCGUUUAACCAAAUUCGAAAUAUAAGCAC